AUGGAAGAUUUUCAUUUUUCAAUUUUUCCAACAAAAAACCUCGCAACAUAUCACGACACAAUUCUCGAACAAAUUGAAUCUAUUGAACGCAAGACAUUUCCCAAGAACGAGGUGAUGUCAAUAAAAGAGGAGAUCACAAAAAAAAGCAACACGAUGCUAAUUGCUUAUUAUUAUUGUGACGAAUCUAAUAAACGCGAAAACAAUAAUACGACAAAGAAAAAUUUAUCAAGAAAACAACAAAGUAACAAUAUUAUUGUUAGAGAAUCGCAAAAGAUAAAAAUUGCUGGGUAUAUGAUAUACUCAUAUCUCUCCUCUAUUUAUUCAUUACCAAUAACGCGUAUCAUCAAACUUUGCAUUCACACUUCGCUAAGAAAAAAAGGUUUAGGCACGCGUCUAUUGAAAAUGUGUUUCGGACGAACAGGCGUGCCAGAGAAAAGUCGUGCUGAAUUACAUGUUGAUGUGCAAAGAAAGGAUGCGAUAAACCUUUAUCGUAAAGUCGGAUUUGAAAUUUGUGGCAAUCUACUUGAAAACUAUUAUGAAAUUGGUAGGGAUGCCUGGUUCAUGGUGUUUGUAAAGUGA